AUGCCAUCGCUAUCAGAGCGCACGCGCUGGUGUCCCCCGGAAAAGAGCCCAGUGCUGGCUGCUUUCGAGGAAAGAUGUCGAAAGGCAAAGCAGCAGCCAUUCCUCGAUGAGACAUUGAUGGACGAGCGCGAGAUCGCUUGCUCCUGGUCAGACUUCAAGCGACCUUUGCUGAGGCGGUAUAAUCUGCAAGGCAGCCUGAUCUUCAUCGACGUCGUCGGCUAUGGGGUAGAUGGCAUCGUGUGGAGAGUGGAAGUCGACUGUCGCAUUAUGGCACUCAAAGUGUUCUGGGACAAUGAGGCCCCGGAAAAGGCGACGCAGUAUUGGGCACUGCAACGGGAGUGCCAGAAUGCCUCUCUCCUGCAGAUGAUCCAAUUCGUAACCGAGAAUUAUCCUGACUCAAUCUGGCUGAAGCCGAACCCGAGAACAUUUCCCGAUGCCACGCCUCACGAUCCUGCAUCCGCCCGAGCCGCCUCCAUGGCGCGCCCCCAGAGCUCCCCCAUCCUGGCCCAGCUGCGAAGCGCCAAGACGUACCCGGAGCAGACGGCUGCCCUGCAGGCUCUCAAGAAUGAGAUCGUCGGCCACAUACAAAAGAAGGAGGCGUGGAUCGGCUUUGGGGUUCUCGAGCCCAUCGUCCUGACCCUCUCCGCCAGCCGGUCGCCAGCGAAACCGAACGGAAAGGACGCCCGAACCCAGCUGGUUUCGCGACCCCUGUCGGACGAGGACAGCGUCAAACUCCAAGCGCUACAGCUCGUCGCCAGCUUCGCCAACGGCGGACCGGCUUUCCUCGCCCCUGUCCAUGCCGCCGGCGUGGUGCCCGCCAUCCUGGCCAACACGUGCCCUCUCUCGAACCCGCCACAGCUCGUCGUCGCCGCCCUCAGAGCGUUGACAGACAUUGCCGAUGCCGCCGCCCUGGCGCAGCCGUCGUCGCCUCUCGACACGUCUUCCCUCGCCGAUAAUGUCUUUUCACCUCAGAACAUGGAGGCACUCAACGUGAUGCUCUCCAUAUCCUCGCCCAAACACAUGCUCCAAUCGCAGGUCAACCUCGCGUCUGGCCUGAUCAGCCGGCUAUGCCGGGAGGAGAAGCACCAGCAUGCCCUCACCACAGCGGGGGUCUUGGACUCGCUCGCCACGCAGCUAGCAAGAUUCGCCGUGCGCGACGGUCUUGUGGUCCCCGGUGCCGAAGAGCAUGCCUACGCCGACGGCCUCUACGAAGUGUUUCCCGAGCCGGCCAGCGCAAACGCCAAGAUAGGGCCCAUUCUCGAAGCAAUCGCCGCCAUACUCGGGGACUCCAAAUAUCGCUCCAAUCGUCUCGUAUACUCCCCCUCCCUGAUGGCAGUGUUCCCCAGUGUCAAGUUCGAAACUGCAGAGAGCUAUGGGCCCCAACAGGCCGCCGCCCUAACAGCCAUGGACUACAUUCUACCUUCGAUGCCUGUCACGGGGACAAGAAACCAAUCGGGGCCUCAGUCUUCUUUUCCAACACCAGACAGAUCCGAUUCGAGAACAUCCAGCCGCGCAUCGCUGAGCAGGUUUAGUUCCGCCGCCGUGUGGGACUCGCCGCGCAAUCAGUCGUCCGGGAACGGCAGUGAUACUGCAACCGAGGACAUUGAAAGCCCACUAAUCCCCUGGCUGAUUCAUUUGUCGCGCACGCUCGCCGAGUAUGACCGCCUGAUGGCGGCCGCGGUGAUUGCCGCCUUGUUCAAGGCCGGCCUCGGCAGAAAGGCAACAAGAGAGACAAGCAUUGGCUUUCUCGUGGUACCCAUCCUCGUCGGCAUGGUCGAGAGAAACGACAAGGACGGUGCCGAGUUAGAAGCGCCUGUCAACGUCACACAGCAGCUCAUUCUCGAAACCGCUCCGGCUGUGCUCGCGCGCCUGAUCACAGACAGCGAAUUCCUCCAGAAGGCGGCAUACGAUUGCGAUGCCGUCAAGGUACUCACCAAGCUCUUGAGGCGCGCUUACCAGCCCGUCCCUGAGAUCGACCAGCCCAAGUACUGGUCGCCCCAGUCAGACACGGGUAUGGAUGACGAAAGCACGCCGGCAAUGGCGCAGCUGGGAGCCAAGGGCCAGAACCCGCUGCUCGCUCACCGGAUGAAGCUUCGCGAGGCGUCGCUCAGGGCCAUCGGCGCCUUGGCCGCAGGCAAGGAGGACUACAGAAAAGCGUUUGUGGCAGAGGAUUUUGUGCCCUACGUUGUCGAGUCUCUCUGCGAGUUCCCCAGGAAGCCCAAGCAGGUCAAGGAACGAUCCAAAGAUAAGCAGGGCGCAGACGCUGGUCGCAAGGGCCCAUCACCGGCGUACGGCAGCAACCCUGUGUCCGUCAUCAUCGCGGCGUGCCACGUGGUGCGCAUGCUGGCCCGCUCGGUGAGCGUUUUGCGCACUGCGCUGGUCGACUAUGGCGUCGCUCUACCCAUCUUUCAGUUUAUGACUCACCGUGAUGUCAAUGUCCAGAUCGCCGCGACUGCCACCGUCAUCAACCUGGUGGUGGAAGUCAGCCCUGUGCGCGAGCUUCUCACUGAGAGUGGUGUCAUGAAAGUUCUCUGCGAGCAUGCCCACUCGGAUAAUCCGGCACUGCGACUCAACGCCCUAUGGGCACUCAAGCAUCUUGUGGAUGCGGUCGGGCCGGAGCUGAAGAAGGCGUGCCUCCAGCAGCUCGAGCCUGGCUGGCUUGUACAACUGAUCUGUGACGAUACGCAAGACACGGCUCUUUACAACUCUCGGCUGAAGGAGGCGGCUGGCGAUGACUUUGACGAAGACAUGGAUAUGCAGCCACUCGACGAGCCCCUGCGCUGGCUGUACGGCAGCAACGGCUCCAUCCGCGAGCUGGACGCGUCGCGAUCAACGAAGUUACGGCAGGCCGAGGACAAACUCUCGGCAAUCCGCGAAGCCGAGUUGAACCCCAUGCGACGCGCCCGCAACGACGACAUUGCCAUCCAGGAGCAGGGUCUGGACUUUAUCCGCAACCUGAUCGGGCGACCCGAAUCCGGGGCGUCGUCGGAAACACCCAGCGAGACGACGGAGAUGAUAGACUACCUCUUCACAGAGCUUGGCCAAGAUCGACUGUUUGAGAUUCUGGCAUCCAAGUUGAGAUCGAGGAUGCUGCACCCAUUCUCACGGCGGACAUCGACGUCGGGCCGGGAGCAGCGGGUGCUGCACCCGCAAGCCAAGAUUAUCGUUGCGGUCAUUUACAUACUCGUGCACAUGGCGGCCAGCAUCCCUCGACACCGACAGCUGGUCAUCGCUCAGACGGAACUACUGAAGCUGCUGGCCCAGCAAGCGAGCAGCAAGGAUCGAGAAGUCCGAGUGGCCCUGUGUCACCUCGUUAUUAACCUGACGUGGCAGGAGGACGAUGCCGAGGCGCAGCAGUGCGCGGCGAGGGCGGCGGAGCUCAAGCGGCUCGGCUUCCACUCCAAGAUGGAGUCCCUCAAGCUCCAGGAUAGGGACCUGGACGUGCGAGAGAGGGCCAAGACCGCGGCGUGGCAGAUUGAGCAGGCGACUUACUAG